UACAUGCACGAGGUGGAGAAGGUCGACAGGGAUUUAUCCGGCCCAGCACGUCCCCGUACGCCGCCCCGAUACUGUUCACGCCGAAGAAGGAUGGAGGGUUCGGAAUGUGCAUCGACUGCCGCGCGCUCAACAGGAUCACCAUCAAGUCACGUUACCCGAUCCCGCGGGCCGACGAACUUCUCGACCAACAUCGCGGAGCCAAGUUCUUCUCAAAAGAAUUACUUGCGAGAAGGUUACCAUCAAAUUCGCGUCGCCACCGAGGAUUGUCACAAGACGGCAUUUCGAACCCGCUAUGGCAGCUAUGAAUACCUGGUGAUGCCUUUUGGUCUCACGAACGCGCCCUCGACCUUCCAGAUGACCACGAACGAAAUUUUCAGGGAACUCCUGGACAAAUGCGUCAUUAUCUACCUCGACAAUAUCCUCAUCUACAGCUGCAGCAGGGAGCAGCACUUAUGGGAUCUUGAUGCAGUCUUCACGCUGCUGCACAAGAAUUGCCUCAUCAUGAAAGGGUCUAAGUGCGACUUUCUUAAGCAAGAGUCGGAGUUUUUGGGCCACAUCGUCUCUACCGAAGGAGUGAAAUCGACCCCAGGAAAAUCAAGACCAUCCAGGAAUGGAAGCCGCUAAGCAACAUCAAGGAGCUGCUGAGUUUU